UUGCAAAGCGUACUAAACUGACGUCAGCCCGGUACCGAUGAACAACCGGUAGCGUUGAAGAGAGCCGUGUGUUAGCCCGUUGCGUUUAGCUUUGUCCGCCAACCCUCCUGUCAAACGUGCUAACAUCAUGCCUUUCGAUGUUAGGAGAUUCGAUAUCUACAGGAAAGUGCCAAAAGAUCUCACCCAGCCCACAUACACAGGAGCUUUCAUUUCCAUCCUCUGCUGUUUCUUCAUCCUCUUCCUGUUCCUGUCUGAGCUGACGGGCUUCAUAGCCACAGAACUAGUAAAUGAACUGUAUGUGGAUGAUCCAGAUAAAGACAGUGGUGGGAAGAUAGAAGUGAGUUUAAACAUCAGUUUGCCACACUUACACUGUGAUUUGGUGGGUUUGGACAUCCAGGAUGAGAUGGGCCGCCACGAGGUCGGUCACAUAGACAACUCCAUGAAGAUUCCUCUCAACCAGGGGGGUGGUUGUCGCUUUGAGGGAGAGUUCACCAUCAACAAAGUACCAGGAAACUUCCAUGUGUCGACGCACAGCGCUACAGCGCAGCCCCAAAGCCCAGACAUGACCCACAACAUCCACAAGUUGGCCUUUGGAGAAAAGCUCCAGGUAAAAAAAAUACAAGGAGCCUUCAAUGCGUUAGGAGGGGCUGACAGGCUGUCAUCUAAUCCUCUGGCCUCACAUGACUACAUCCUGAAGAUUGUACCGACGGUGUAUGAAGACCUAUCGGGCAAACAGAGGUUCUCCUACCAGUACACGGUGGCCAACAAGGAGUACGUCGCGUACAGCCACACGGGCAGAAUCAUCCCGGCCAUCUGGUUCCGAUACGACCUCAGUCCAAUCACAGUCAAGUACACAGAGAGGAGGCAGCCCGUCUACCGCUUCAUCACAACGAUCUGUGCCAUCGUCGGCGGGACGUUCACAGUCGCAGGAAUCAUCGACUCCUGUAUAUUCACUGCUUCAGAGGCCUGGAAGAAGAUCCAGAUCGGGAAAAUGUCAUGAGGACUCCUCCCCACAUCUUAUUUAUAUGUGCAGAGUUGCUAGCCUGUUAGCUAAAUCCAAUCCUUCUCUAACCCACUUCCUUUUGGAGAUUUCCUCAAGUCGACCAAUAGAGUGGCUCCGGCACUGGAUCUAACUAACAGGCUACACGGCUGCGUCUCAGUUACUUUUUAAGCUCCUCUCAGGCUCCAUCUGCUCUGUUGACGUGUGGAUGCAGACUAUCACAUGUCUUCUUCCUGCGUCUUCAGUGUCAGGAGAGGAAGCUCUUUUGUUACUGUGGAGAUGAAGUACUCUGUGCCUGGGUAUUUGAAGUCUGUACCUGAUAUUCUUUGAAGUAAAAAAAAAACUUUGACACAAAUCUCCACAUAUAAUCAAUUCAAUGGGAAUUGUUCAAAUGAUGGCUGAAUUACAACAGACCUAUGUUUAAAUUAAUUUUAAAAACAGUAUCAGUCGACCUGUACUGUUUAUUUGUUUGUAUGCCACAAAAAGGGAAUUAUCAUUUGAAGGAAGUGUUCUGGUUAUUAAGACUAGACUGAACUUUAAAAUGUUUCUGUAGGUCACACUGUCCAUACAAUAGUAUUUUGAAUCAUGUGACAUUAUAUUUUCAGCCCAUCUUAUUGCAUCUCCAGUAUUCACUGCAUGUGCCUUUUUAGAUUCUUUACUCUUCCACCAUUCAGGAUUACCAUCAGCUCCCAUGUGUCUGUUUCAAUGGCCGUUGUUACAACUUACUUUGUAGAUUCACUUUUUAAGAGAUUUAUUUUUUAAUACAGGGAAUCAUUGCUUAUUUUUCAGUCCAUUAUUGUACCAAUAUUUCAUUAAUGCUGUUUGAUAACCUAGUUUUUUUUUUUUUUUACAAUCCAUUUGAAUUAUUGCAAAAAUAUGUAGCAAGUGUCUGUUAUUUUCUAAGAGAACAAUUGAUUUAGUUUUUCUUUUUUUCUUUUACACAGUACAUUAACUAAUUGAGUUUCUAUGAAGUUGUAAAUUGUAUGGAUGAUUUGGUUUUGUACUGAGAGAACUUGUAGACCAAGGUGUUUGUCCUCUUUGGUCAUUUUUCUUUAUUUUAUACUGAUGUUUAACAGACCUCAGACCAGUGAUAAUCACAAGCCCUCAGAAACUGGUCUGUCAACUGUAAAGAUCAUCCACUUCCUGUUCCGUCUCAAAUUACUCUGUAAUGCUACGUGUUCCUCAAGUAAAGGUGCCAGAGAAAUCA